AUGGGUCUUCCAUGGAGAACCAUUACAUCCUGGGAACACCAUGUUGGUGGAGGUGAUGCAGAGGCACACUAUUUUGGUUUGCAAGAGGAAGAUGGUUACGAAGAUGAUAGAAUUCCUGAUCUUCUUGCUGAUUUGUACAAGUCAGAACCGCAAGGUGCUGGAAAGGACACUAUAUUUGCUGAGUUGAUAGAGGAAGCCAAGCGCGCAUCCAGCGAUAGGGGUACAAUGUCAAGGUUUUCACUCACAGUCAAGUUACUUCAGGCCAAGUCGUACUACCGGAUUAGCAACGUUGCAUUCAACGCGAUACUCCUGAUUUUGGCCUUGCAAUACCCUACUAGCUCAAUACCAAAGUCAUACGAGGAGGCACUUAACAUAAUCGGCAGGUUGGGACUUGGUUAUGAUAGUAUCCAUGUGUGCCCGAAUAACUGUGUAUUGUUCCGGAAGGAUUAUGCCAAGGAGAAUAAUUGCCCCAAGUGCAAAGCCUCCAGAUGGAAAGAUGCUGAUGGUAGGAGACAGAUCCCAGAGAAGGUGCUGAGGCACUUCCCAUUGAUUCCAAGGCUGCAAAGAAUGUUUCUUUCAAAGGAGCAAUCAAAGGAAGUACAGUGGCACAAACUGAAGCGGCAAGACGUGGAGAAUGAUCUCAGUCAUCCAGCAGACGGGGAUGCAUGGAAGGAUUUUGACAAUAUUCAUAAAGACUUUGCCGCUGAUGCCAGGAACAUAAGGCUUGGACUUGCCACGGAUGGUUUUAAUCCCUACGGGAAUAUGAGCAACUCCUACAGCAUGUGGCCUGUAUUCGUGGUGCCAUACAACCUUCCGCCAUUGGCAUGUAUGGAUCAGUCCAACUUCAUGCUUGCAUUGCUAAUCCCUGGUCCAUCCUCUCCAGGAAAAGAUUUUGAUGUCUUCAUGGAGCCUUUGAUGGAAGAGCUGCAGGAGCUCUGGAAAGGUGUAAAAUCAUAUGAUGCCAAUAGUCCAGACAAGUUUGAUCUCCGUGCUGCAAUCUUAUGGUGUAUUCAUGAUUAUCCGACACUGCACACAUUGUCGUGGAGGGCCACGACUGGUUACCGGGCAUGUGUGCGUUGUGACAAAGAGAAUUGCUCCAAGAAAUUAAGGAACAAAAUCUGCUUUAUUGGGCACCGCCGUUGGCUACCUCGGCACCAUCCUUGGAGAAAUAGCAAAGAAUUCGAUGGUGCUUCUGAAAGCCGUGAGAAGCCAGCGGAAUUCACUCCAGAAGAGCUGAAGCAACAGCUUGAUAGGGUUAGAGAUGUGAUACCAGGCAAGCUUCAGAAGAAAAGGAAACGUGAGGACGGUCAGUGUUGGAGCCGUAGAUCAUGUUUGUGGGACUUGCCAUACUGGGAAGAUCUAAAGCUGAGGCAUAAUCUCGAUGUAAUGCACAUCGAGAAAAACAUCUGUGACAAUUUGAUUGGUACUUUCAUGAACAUACAAGGCAAGACCAAAGACACUGUGAAUUCAAGGCUUGAUUUGGAAGACAUGGGCAUAAGACGUGACUUGCAUUUGCAGCCUGUUUCAGCUGACUCUUUUGAGAUGCCACAGGCGUGGUAUACAAUGAGUAAACAAGAAAAAAUUGCUUUUUUGUGA